UGUGUGAAGUGUGAUGACCCCAACAACAUUUAAAGCUACAGAAGAGUAAGGACGCGAAACCCGGGAAGCAACACAAGUGGUCAGACUGGAACACUGCGUGUGAGUAGUACAACACACACACACCAAAUCUGGCUAUCUUACCCCUCGUAAAAACCCCACAUGCCCUUUUCCCAUCACCUCUUUGGUCCACACCCUUAACCAUGGUUAUUCCUGUUAUUACUUUUCCACUCACCACACUUUCUUCUGGGUUAGUUUAUUCAGCAGUCAAGGAGAAAGCUUCUUCAUUUCUCAUUUCUGUUUACCCUUCUGCACACACUGUCUUCUACUACUACUAUUACUCUACUUUCUACUUUCUACUUUCUUCUAGUAGCAUAAGCAAUUAACAUAGCUACUUUUUUUGCUACUUCUUUCUUUCUUUUUUCUGCUGUGGUGGGAAGAAAAUAACGUGUAAAUAAAUUGGAAUGACACUAGACGGAAUGAAUGGACAAAAAAGGAAAGUGAAAGAUGAUGCUAUGAAUGGUUUAUUUAAUUGGCACCCGAACGAAGACCUAUAGUCCUUUGUUUUUUUAUGUCACUAUAGUUUACAAAGGCCUUGCUUUUAUAGAGUUUCCAGAACAAGGAUUCUGGUCAAAGAUAUUGGUCUUCUUGCUUUUAACAUAUUGCAAAAUAAAAAUUAAGAAAAGGGUAUGUGUGUGUAUUUUGCAUUAGAAACAGAAUCAUCUUUUUCUUCCUAUCAUAUCCAGUGAACGAAUUUAAGGGUUAAGGGUUGGGAGAUUUGGUAUUGAUGGUACAGCUUUCGUGAUCUCUUUGAAUUGAAAAUUUGGAAAUAAGAAAUAGUGAGUAUUGAUGAUGGGCAAGAAAAAGCCACAAAAAACUAAGGAACUUUCAGUUGCAAUAGCCGAAGCUGAAGCAUCAUCAACCGUAGAUGAUGAGAAAGAGCAACAAGAAGCUCAACAACCUCAACCUCAAGCUCCUAGAAAGAGAGGUAGACCUCGUAAGGUUAUUGUAAAGAUGGAAGAAAGUGAAGAGGAGAAGGCACAAGUGAUUGAACAGCAUAGAGGAGGUUCUUUAUCAGCACAAGGCACAGAAAGUUCAAUGGAAAAAGUUACAACCAACGAGGAAGAAGGAACAUCAUCAGCAGCAGCAUGCAUGAUGGUUGAAAAACAAGAGGAGAUACAACUUCCAAAAGUGGAGCCAUCCAGAAGCAGAGCUAGGAGGAAAAACAAACCCAGAAAGAGUAGCUAAUAUACAUAAUCAUUGCUCCUUUUUCUCUUCUCUUUUUUCUUUUAUAAUUUCUUUCUUUUCAUUAAGCAAUUGAUUCUUGGUUGGUUCCUUGUUCUUGCCAUGUUUUUGUUAUUUAGAUAAUCGGUAUCAAAACUGAUAUUGAUGCUGCUGUUGUUUUUGAGGAACACAAGUGUCAAUAGAAACACUUGAAGGAGUUAUUGGUUUAUCUUCUGCUUUUUCUCUUCUGUGUAAGUCUGUGGUUUAUCUUAUCCUUUCCUAAACCUAAACUAUAUGUACUGUGUUAUGCUUCCAUUCCAUGACUUCAAUUACUUGUUUCUUGAAUAUUACUAUCCAUUGCUUCA